UGUUUGUAUAGUGAGCAACUCUGCUAGAUAAGUUAUUAAUUUGAAAAUAUUAGGAAAUAAAUUUGUCAUGAAUUUUUCUUUCCUCUUCAUAAGCCAUACUUGAGUCCGACUCAACGACAUUUUGAAAAAGCUAUGGCAUUUCUUAUGAAUCAAAUGUUGGGCAGUAAGUUAAAGAGUUAUUCUGAUGGAGGUGGAGAAGGUGGCAGCAAAGCUGGAGAAGAUGGAAAAGAAACCGCAGAGUCCAAAGGCAUUUCCAAGGAGGAGUUUGAGGAAUACCAGAAGCAGCUGUUGGAAGAAAAGAUUCAGCAAGACAAGGACUUUGCAACAAAAAAGGCUGAGAGGGCAAACCUGAGAGUUGCACUCAGAGAUAAAUAUCAUCUACCGGAUAGUGCACAAGACAGUGCAAUGAUUCAGAUGGCUGGAGAUGAUGUUGACCUGCCGGAGGAACUGGCCAAAAUGGUGGAUGAAGAUGAAGAGGAAGAGGAGACCAACGAUUCAUUCAUUAACAAGCUGCAAAACAUGGACUUGGAUACAUUGAAAACCAAGGCCCAAAGCACAGUGACUGAGCUAAAGCAGACUGCUGAGCAGAAAUGUAUCCUCAUGUGAACCCUAUGAUGUGCAUACAGUGCAUACAAUACAGGCUAAAUAUCAAGUAAGUAAGUAGUAAAUUCAGCUUGUGCUGUAUGUACUGUACUGUACAUACAGUACAGGCUGAUUUUACUCAUCAAACUUAGCACUUGUGCAGCUAUUGCGUCUUCUUUUUCUUAUUACUCAUGUUACAGAACAGUUGUGGCUCUGGAACGCUUCUUUACAGGAAAGUUUCUUGUUUACACAAGUGUUUUUUGUAUGCGUGGCUUUAUUUGAGUGUGUCUUUCCUUUUUACUUUGGAAACCAUUCAAAUGCUUCUUAUACAAAUGUAAAAACAGACUUAGAAAAUAAACUAUUAGGCUUGCUAGGUCCUAUUAGUAUGUGUGUAAGUAAACAUGUAAAAAAUACAAGAAACGUAAAAGCAAAAUGUACAAUAAAAUGUCUGCUUUGCCAGAAGGGAUUUAAAGAAUAAUAACAUAUUUCUAUCCUUUUCUUGACAUUUUUUUAACCUUUAAAACAUAUUUCACAUAUUAAAAAUCUUUACAUUGUUGAAAGCUAUAAAAUGGUAUUUAAGUGCUGACCAAAAUUUAUAUUUUGCUGCCUGUGGGUGCUUUGUUUUCAAAUGAACAGAAGAUGGGUUCUAUUCACUUUCCACAUCAGUGAUGUCUUAUUCCGGAUUUUGAGGUCCAGUUGUCCUCUUGCUAGGUCUGUCACCGCCUCGGUAUACCGGAUUUACAGUGGCUUGCAAAAGUAUUCACAC